AUGUCAAAAAAUCAUGGAAAUCUGCCUAAAAUUUCUGACGUUCAUUUUGACAGACAGAAAACUUUCUUUGAUAUGAUUUCUCCUUUCACAGCGACUAGUGCUGAAUAUUUUGUCAGAUUAUAUCACGAUGCCCGCCAAAGAAGCCGAGGAGAAGAAGUUAGUGCCGAUGGAACCCCUUUACAAGAAGUUUUAAACGAUUCUAUAAGAAAAUCUCGAGAAUUACUUGUCCAAAAUCAAGGAACUCAGAUCGACAAAGCAGAUUCAUUGCAAGAACUUUUAUUCUUACAAACGCAAGGCGCAAAAAUCGAUUACAUUGAUUUCCCAAUUUCCGAAUUGAUGCUAAGUGAGAACUAUUCCGUCAAGAGAAUGGCGUAUCUCGCAGCCUCUCAGUUUUGGGAACCAGAUGCAGAAGUCAUUACUAUGGUUGUUAGUUGCAUAAAUCGUGAUUUAACAGGAAUUGAUCCAAUUCGUAAAUCACUUGCCUUAACACUUAUACCAUUGAUCGUUACAUCCAGUUUUGCUCAAGAUGUCGUCACAAACGUCAUCAAUAACUUCAAUAAUUCACGAGAUGAUAUCAGACAAAAGGCUAUUACAUGUUUUUACAAACUCUGUCUUAAAUAUCCAGACUGCCUUGUUCCAGGCAUCAAAGCAUUAAACCUCAAAUCCGCUCUUACCGAUUCAUCUACGCCCGGAGGAACAAUUCAAGCAAUUCUCGCCUUACUUAACGAAUUAGUUAUUCAUAAUCCAUCGAACUACAAAUCCCUACUUCCCACUUUAGUCAAAUUCUUUUCAGAUUCUCAAGGAAACCCUUGGAUUUUGAACAGAACAAUUUCUAUCGUUGGUACAAUUGCUUCCACGUUAGAACAGUCCGCUUUAGACAAAUUCAACGAGAAGAUCACACCAAUGGUCUCAGAAGUCCUCAAUUUCGCAUCUUCUCCCUCAGUUGUUUUUGAAAUUAAUAAUUUAAUUUGUAAAUUGAAUAUGAAGAACCGCGAACUUGUUCGUACAGCAGCCGACCGAGCUCAAUCAUUUAUAGAAGACAGUGAUCCCAAUUUGAGGUACCUAGGCCUGAUUUCCAUCACCAGAUUAAUGCAAGUCAACCAGAACAUCAUACAAAUACACAAAAAAGUGCUAACUAAUUGUAUUGACAGUGAUGAUGAGACCUGUGUAUUCAUAGCUAUCGAUUUGCUUUCCAAUGUUGCAAACAACAAAAAUAUUGGUGAAAUUGUUUUGUCAAUUUUGGAACAGAUCGAAAAACGUUCUCAAGGACUUGUUAGAGACACAUUAGUUACAAGACUCAUUGAGAUAUGCAAGUUCGACAACUACUCUAGGUUCAGAGAUUACCAAUGGUACGUAAAUGUCCUUUUAACAAUCCAUUCUUACGGUGUCCAAUUAAAAGAAAUUUCUGAAGAAUUGUUGACAAUGGCUUUGCGUGCUAAAAGCACAAGAAAAUCUCUGGUUUUAGAGCUCGUCGAUUACUUAAAGGACUUCUCACCAUCAGACAAAGAAUUCCUCUCUGUUGCUUGUUUCAUUCUCGGUGAAUAUUCUUCAUUAUUCAAAAAUUCUCCAGAAAAUUUAGAAAAUUCUGAAGAUGAUGAAAUUAAAAAAAGUGACAAAAAUUUUGAUGUCGAAGAGACUGCUUUUAGGUUGUUGUGCUCUGAGAGAUUUGAAAUGACAGAUAAGGAGUGCCAGGCAAAUUCAAUUCAAAGCGCUUUCAAAAUUUACACAAGAUCUGACAGUUUACAAAAAAUGACGGAAAGAAGUAAAAUUUUGAAAGAAAGAUUGUCAGUUUAUUCGACAUCGAGGUAUACUGAUGUUGUAGAGCGUGCUACGAUGCUAAAGGCUUUAAUAGACUUGUUCGAUGAUUUUGACGAUAUCGACGGUUUGAAUUCAAUUUAUUCGAGUCAAUUAUUAGCUGUUGAUCCAAGUGCUCAGCUAAAAGUUAAGAUUCCUUCUACACUUGACAUUGCGACACCCAUCAUUGAAUUGGAUCCGAGGGAGGAGUCCACUUCUCUCGAAUUAGAUUUCGAAAACGAAAGUUCUGACUUGUUUGGAACUCCCCUUUUGAUUUCGACAUCAAGAAACAGAAAUAUUUUGCAGCCACAGAGAAAUAAAACUGAAGAAAAGACUAAACCUGAUCUCAGGAAGAAACUAAGACUAACACCUAUCCAAAAUAAUGAAAAAGAUGAACUUUUGGCAGUUGAAGGUAAAAGUGAAGUGAAAACUGGCAAAAGUGAAGUGAUUUCACCAUUAUCAGCCAUUUCAUUUAAUGUUGGAGACAACAAUGGCAAAGAACUCCCUGUUAUCAAGCCAUACAACCAAGACGAACUUUUGUACAAAAUGCAAAAGAACAAAAUCGAACUCAAAAACAAACAAAACAUAAGUUACAACUAUUUCAAAGUUAUUGGUGAGCACAAAGGUUUGUUUUUGGAGGUCAGUUCGAUAACAAAAAACUUGGAUGGUGUUGACAUUCAGUUGAAAAUCACAAACUCUUCUAAUUUCCCCAUUUCUUGCCUCGAAAUUACAAUUGACGAUGUUUUGAUGUCAAAUGUCAGAAGUGAACUGAAUCCGAAUUAUUCAUGUGAUGUUAAAUGUCAUGUGCAAGCGCGUGAGAGUGAAGAAAACAAACUCCUUAAAUUGGUUGUGAUUCCAACAGGUGGAGAAGGAGAAGGAGAAGUAUUGAGAGGAAAAAUUAGAAUUUCACCUGUUUUGUUUUUGGAAAAGUGCCAAAUUUCUGACAUUUCUGAUUUAUGUAUUUCAAGCCAAAUAAUGAAAUCAGAUCUUCCUGUUUCAAAGAUUGUUGAUACUGCUAAAUUGAUCUUCAACUCUUUGAUGACAAAGACAGAUUUUGAAGGAAAUAAAUCUGUUGUUUUGUCAUCGAAAUCGAAGUCAUCGAAAUUAUCUUGUCUUGUUAUUAUUUACAAGAAAGAUGGUUCUUUCUUUUGCGACAUAAGAGCUCCUUCUGAAAAUAUUGCAAAAUUAUUCUUGACAGAGUUGAAAUUAUCCCUCGAAUAA